AUGUCAAGUAACAUUGAUCACGAAUCAAUAUGCAAUAUAUGUAAUAGAUCUUUUAAUGAACCACAAUGUUUUCCCUGUCGACACAUCUUUUGCAAAACAUGUAUUAUACAAUGGUUUGAAAAGAAUAAUACAUUGUGUCCAAUAUGUCGACAAUCUGUUUCUAUUAACGAUGUGACAGAUGUUGAUCCGAUUGUACACAAGAACAUCGAUGAUAUUUGCAAUAACAUUAACAAAGAACAUUUUAAAGUGAAUACACAUAAUUUAUUAUCAAAUAACAAAUCUUCACAAAAUGAACAACAAGAUCAAUUGUAUCAACAGUCACCAACAAUACUUGCUUUUGAACCGUUGCGAUCUAUUUUUGCGGAAGUUUUUAAUAAAAAUCAACAAUUGAACGAAAAAACAAAUCAAUUAGAAAAAGAGAUUCAUCAAGAACAUGACACUUAUAUUAAUGAUCUUCAAGAUAUUAACAAACAUCUUAAUACAUUUGUUGAUCAAUAUAGCAAUCGUCUAAAUAAAGAUCAAAUUCAAAUAGAUGAAAUACGCACUGAAAAUCAAUGUCUGAACAAACAAGUCAACGAGCAAAUAAUAAAAUGUAAUGAACUUCAAAGAGACAAUCGAUUUCUUAAAGAGAAAAUAGAUCAAAUCGAACAACAGUAUCAAAAUCAUAUUAAAGAACUUGAAAGCACUAAUCAUCAUUUGGAUACAUGUGUCACACAAUUGACAAAUCAAUUAAAUAGCGUUAUGAUACAAAUAAAAAGAAUCGAAGAUGAGUGUCAACAACAAGUCAAAGAAGUUAAUCAAUAUGAUGAUCGAUUGAUUAUAUACAAGAUUCAGAAUGAACAACUUAAACAACAAGUUGAUGCACAAUGUAUACAAUAUAAUGAACUCCAAAAUGAGAAUCGAAUUUUUAAAGAACAAAUCAAAAAAUUCGAACAGCAAUAUCAACAAGACCAUCAAACUCACUUUGAAGCACUUAAUCAUAAGAUCACACAACUGAACGAUCAAUUAAACAAUUACGACAUCCAAAUAAAAGGUUUGGAAGAUGAAAAUACACAACUCAAAAUACAAAGUCAAACUCAACAUGAAGCUUAUAUGAAAGAACUAAAAGACACACUUUAUCAUCAGAGUGAACAACUGAACAAUCAUGAAAAACAGAUUCAAGAAUUACAAAGUAAAAAUCAAAAACUUGAAGUACAAAUUGAUGAACAGAUGAGACAAUACAUUGAACUCUCAACAGACAAUCGAUCUCUGAAAGAACAAGUACAACAGAUCGAACAACAGUGUCAACAAACUGAUCAGUUGCAAAUUAAAGAACUUGAAAACACUAAUAAUCGUUUAGAUGCGUUUAUCGAACAAUUCAACGAUUAUUUAGAUCACAUUCAAAUUCAAGCGAGCAAAGUUAAUGAUGAGAAUGAACAAGAAUAUCCAUCUAACAUUACAGAGAUAAACAAUACUAACGAUCGUUACAGUUCAUGUUUUACACAAUUGAGUGGCCAAUCGACAGAUGAUGAGCCUGAAGUUGAUGAUCAGAGUCAGAAAAAAGCAAGAAUUCCAUCCGAUGAACAUGAAGAUCAGCCAGAAAUGGGUAUUAAGUAUUUAACAAAACGAGGAAAAUAUGUAUUAGACGUAAAUCAAUAUCAAAAUCCAAAACUUGAACAAAAAAUUCAACAACAAAAAAGUAAUUCACAAGUGUAUUUGAAAGGACAAAAAUUAAUUGAUCAAGAUAUGGACAUGGUUAUUAAAGAAGCUAUUAUCAAUAAACAAUGUACAUGGCUCUAUUUAUCAUCAAAUAAAAUCACAUCAGUCUGUGUUUCGAUUUUAGCUGAGGCAUUGAAUAAUAACAAAACAUUAGAACGAUUGUAUCUAUCCGAUAAUCAAGUUUGUGAUGAUGGUGUUUCUUCUCUUGUUAAGAUACUUUCACUCAAUAAUAAUAUUCUCAAACGACUUAAUCUUACAAAAAAUGGAAUUACAGAAAGAGGUGCGAAAUAUCUUGCUGAAAUGAUUAAAGCAAAUAAUAUAUUGACCCAUCUUUAUCUUGGAGAGAAUGAAAUAAACGAUCAUGGAGUUCAAAUAUUGUCGGAUGCAAUUGAAAAUUAUAACACAACUAUCAAAUAUUUGGAUCUUUCUUCGAACAAACUAUUGACUGAUGAAAGUAUUGAUUCUCUUCUUCAGAUGAUCAAAAAUAAUACAUCAUUGAACAAAAUUCAAGUAUAUAAUUGCAGUUUAUCUGGAAAAGGCAAACAAAGACUUAAAACAUCAGAACAAUCAAAGGAAAACUUUAAAGUGUGUGUAAAUAGUUUCUUCGAUUAA